AUCAACACACUGAGCACACCCCCGUAAAAACAUAUACCAGUCUCCCUUAGUGGCCAACAAGACGUCUCAGGAACCUCACCCAGCCAGCCAAGGUCAUUUCAGCCUUCCAUCGCGCAAUAUUAACUUUCCCAGUGUCUUAGUGCUUCUCCCGUCUUCAAAAUGGGCAACAAGAGCAGUUUAAUGUUGCAGGAACAAGAUAUCAGAGACAUUCAAGCAGAAACUGGCUUUUUACCAAGUCAAAUCGAGCGACUGUACAGCCGCUUCACCAGCUUGGAUAAGGCCGAUAAUGGUUCACUCUCCCGGGAAGACUUCCUUCGCAUUCCUGAGUUAGCAAUCAACCCUCUAGGUGAUCGCAUAGUUCACGCUUUCUUCAAGGAAAGCGAAGAUGAUCAUGUGAACUUCCGUCAAUUUGUACGCGUCUUGGCUCACUUCCGUCCCAUCAAGCGUACUCAAGACAAUAAACUUAAUGCUCGUGAAGAAAAACUUAGAUUUGCCUUCAAAAUGUAUGAUCUUGACGACGAUGAACGCAUCUCUAGAGAAGAACUUCUUGCAGUCCUCCAUAUGAUGGUUGGAGAGAACAUAAGUGAUGAGCAACUCAACAGCAUUGCAGAACGAACCAUUCUUGAGGCUGACCGUGAUGGAGACCAGAUGAUCAGCUUUGACGAGUUUUGCACUGCCUUGGAGCGGACAGAUGUUGAGCAGAAGAUGUCCAUCAAGUUCCUUAAAUAGAUUUUGAGUCUCUUCAGCAACUUUAAAGUGUAGUACUGUUGAUGUUCACUCGUGUUGAAUACAAAGGUUAUAGAUGUGUACUGUAUCUCUGAAAUUAGACUUGGGGAAGAGAUUUUUUAUUGAGCUUAAUAAUUUUGUAGAGAUAAAUUACAGGGAUUAUUUUAGUUUUGAGAUCAGACACAAGUUUAAUGUGUAAUUAGGAGUUUACCCUUAAUUUCAAUUAUCACUUUCAACCCAGAAAUUUUCCUUGUACCUUUGCAUAGAUACUGUGAUAGAAAACUUUCUUGGUUUGUACCAUGAGUAACAUUUGAUGGAAUACUGUCUCAUACAUUAUAUAUUUCACUGAGGCUUCUCUUCUUAAUUUUUGAGCAAUCACAAUACAUGGUGGCCUUAUUUAAAUGUGUGGUGCAAACCAUUGGUAACCAACUUUUUGCUGUCAAGAUUAUUUUGCAGGUUCAAUCAGAAAACAUGCUUUUAAAGAUCACAUACAGUUGUAACUACUUAAGGUUUAAUUAUUUUUAACUCCAGGAUUCCCCCCACCCUCCACUUGUGUUAAGUGAUGGCACAAUAUACUGUAUUUCCCUUAUGCACAACUAGUUGACUGGAAGGUUGUUUUAUUUUUGUGGUCUGUCUUUGGUGCUCUUUUGUGUAAUUACACAUAGAUUUGAAACCAAAACACAUGGUUAUACUUGCAUAAAACCAUGAAAAGUCACAUCUGUAUGUGUAUUCCUUUAAGUGUGUCCAAUUGCGUUAGAUACUUAUUCCUUUAUUUAAGAUUUGAGAGUGAGAAUGUUCAGUAGAACCUUGAUAUUACUAAUAAUCAUUUUAUUUGGGAGUAGCAUUUCCACAUCAAAGUGGAAAUAUAUAUAUAUUUAGCAUUCUAAUACAGGGUGUUUAUAAAGUCCCUAUCCAUUUCAGUGAAAUAACGGGUAACUGUGUUAAAUUCAAUUAUAAAAUGAUAGAAGGUAUACAUUUAUUAAUUACUUAAGAUGUCAAAAAAAUUUUAGACAGUUGAAUUGGGUAGCCUGAGUGUACGUGAUGCGCCACAAAUUGACAUGCGUGGUUCUCCCGUGAUAGCAUUUCGUAUUGCAUUUACGAGGAUGACCAGAUCUUGGUUCAUCAUUAAAACAGAUCCUGUUCUUUGAAUUUAUUCAACAAUUCGCGUAUUGUCUCGUCUGUAGGACUUGGCUUAUGAAAUUUUCUUUGAAACCUCUCUCUAAUUUCUUUCCUUGAAUAUGCAAUGUUACCACCAGCACACAUUCAUCUUCAUGGUGUUUUGCAAUAAAUUUUUUCAUUUCACUGAAAUAGAUAGGGACUUUAUAAACACCCUGUAAUAUAAACCACAUAUACAUGUAGAUAUUAGACAUUUUUGCAACAUCAGCCAAGGUCCUUCUGACUGUAUAAUAACAACUGCAUUUUUCUUCAGCAGCAGUGUACUGUACAUAAGGGUCAUAUAGCAAAUAAAUGGAUUACAAAAUUUUGACAAUCUGCGCACAUUUUUGCUACAUUUGCUAGCAUUUACAGGCUCCACUCUUUGUGUAUGUAUUGAAUGCCGGUAUAUACCAUAUUUAUAGAGAGCAUUAUAAAAGUGCUUUAUUUUUGUCCAAUAAAUAUAAUUUACAGCAAAAUCUUGCUCUGAUUAUGUAUUCAUUCUACUGUACUGUGCAUUAUCAAGGUUCCACACACACAAAAAAAAAAUAAUUGAAAUACCAUUCACUGCUAAAUCCCUGCACAAGUUGAGAAAAAGUGUGCGGCAGUAUAUGUUUUCAGGAGAAUGUUACUCUGCAAUUCUAUACUUUUUCUGGGUAAUGAUUUGAUAUGAAUAUGGAGAUAUUAAAAUUAUAUAUAUUUUCCUUUAUGAAAAGAACAAUGUACAGUAUAGUAUAUAUAUAUAUGUGUGUGUGUGUAUAGAAUAAGAAGGCGACCUAUGGUGUAAUAGUCGGCAUACUCUCCUAGCAAAUGGGUGGACCUGGAUUGAUAUCCGGCCAGGGUGAAACUUUUGGUAAGUUUCUUUACGCCAUUUGCCUCUGUCUACCCAGCAGUAAUUGGGAACCAGGAUGUUAAUCGACCUGCAGAUCAUGUUUUGGGGUAAUGGUUAACCAGUGCAGUUGGUGAGUUUGUCCAGUCUUUUCUUGGAUCAUUCCUUGACACUAAAUCGUGUGUGUAUUAACUGAAGAUCUGGUUGUUGCGUUGGCAACAGCUUGUGGACCUAGGGCAGGCCAUCCUGAAACAUACGGGGCAACCAUUAUAUUGAAUAUUAUUUUUUUGAUGUUUGGUUUAGUGCUCUUCAACUGUAACUACACUUAUUAUAUUCUACAGUCAGGAAAAUGAAAAUUUGAAGUAAUAACACCUCAGCAUUUUUUAAAUUCUUGCUGUUUCAAUCAUGAGUGAAUGAUAGAAGACUAAAACUGUAAAAUAUCUCUUGAAAGCUAGCCAUUGGAUUUCUUAAUUAUUGCAUUGUAUUUUUAAAGUUAUUAAGUAAUAUGAUGUAAUGGGAACAAUGUUAAAUAUGUCAAAUGGUAAUUUUAGCAGUUUUAAGUGUACAGUAUACCAUUGUCACAAGAACUCCAUAUGAAAUACUGUUAGUAGCCAUAUAACAUCAAACAUUUUACUGUGCAAAAGGAGUUUAAAUGACUGUAGUGCAGUGAUUCUCAAAUCUUUUCAAGUGCGACCCAAUUUUUAAUAUCGGAAAUUUCAAGUCCCAUUGAUUCAAAUGGAAAAAAAAAUUUCUUGUCAUAUCAACUAGCAAUUUAAUAGCAGGGUAUAAUUAACAAUAAGUAGAGUGGUAAAAGGCUCCCAUUGUGUACCAGUGACCUAGAGUUAAAUAAAAAAUUGGCAAAAGUAUAACCUUACUGGAUCAUCGCGACCCACUGAAAAUCGGCUCAUGACCCGUGGUUCGAGAACCACUGUAUGGCUGUUCAUUCUCUUCCUUUGUCUCACCCUUAGAUUAACCAUAAAAUUAAGUGAAUUAUGGCAGCAUGUGAAAGUAAUUUAGCUCACAAUAUAUUAUUCUUAUUUGAUUUUCCAUUUGCAGUGGUUAUUAUUUCAAAAAAAGGCUACUAGUAUUUUUUCAUGUGGUUUAUUACCAAUCUAGAAAUGUUAAGCAACUUUAAAUAUGUGUACUAUAUUAUGUAACUAACUAUGGCAUACUGUAUAUGCACACAAGACAUAGGCUGACUGUAUACUAAUCUGUUGUCAAAUGAUUAUUGAAAGAUAUUUUUAUGGUCACAAGAACUAUAUCCGUAGGUUUUCCAUCUACUGUAUUAUUAAAUGUGCUGAAAAAUAAAUUAUCAGCACAAAGAGUUCCACUCCUCAUAGUACCAAAGUUGAUUCGUUUGUGGAAUAUGUUCACAAACUUUGUUUCUGUAGGGUAGAUGUUUCCUUUACCUCAAAAGAGCUUCUUUUAGGGCUUGGAGUUCAUACCUUUCUGGAUUUAAAUGACAUAAUAAAAUACCCCUGUACAGUACAGUAUAUGUUUCAAAAUUCUGUAAGGGAAUUGGUGCCAUUUUUAGUGAAAAAUAUGCACCCUUUUUUCUUAUAAGAUGAUUAACACAGGUUACAUUAGUGUGUUGAUGUUUGUGAUGCCAAAUGUAUUAAUCCCUGGGGAAAAUCCUUGAUAAUGUUUCUCAAGUAACGCAAUGAUGAAGAGUUGUGGAAUUUUUCAGGACAUUGUAGAUUUCAAAAUUAUUUUUCCCUCGUGUGUGAUGCUUUGAUAUAUAAUUCUUGUGUUCCUUCUGCAAUAUACUUUAUUUCAAUCGGUGUUCUUUACAUUCCUUGUCUAUAUUUGCACAAAUUAUAUAUUUAUGUAACAAAA